CACAUUAAAUUCAAUUCCAUUAACCCUUUCAUUUAAUUUCCUCUCUAUAUUUGUUUCAACUUCAUUGUACAAGUAGAAGUAUUUAUCAGUCACUCUCUUUAAAAUUCCUCUUUUCACAACUUAUUUUCUUUUCUUUUCUUCAAAAUACCAAAUGACUAAACACAAUGCAGAUAAUCCACCCACAUCUUGCUGUUUCACUACAUUUUACAAAAGAUUCAUUUGCACCACUAAUCUUAUUCCUACCCACCCAUCUCCUUCUACCCAUCAUAUACCCCUCCAAAAACCCAUCAAAAUUGACCCGUUUACCCACCCAUUAACCCAUGAUCCUUCCACUAUUUCAAUCAAUAACAACAAUAACCCUGGAAUCAUUGCAAGAUUAAUGGGUUUAGACUCAUUACCUAACAAUCAAAAAAACACCACAUUAAACUCACUUUUCAGAAGCAAAUCAUUGAAUUCAAUACAUUUUAUACCCAAUUUUGAUCCAACCCGAAACACAUUUCAUCGUCGGGCUCGAACCUCUGCUUCUUUCAAUGAACAAGGGCAUAAUUUUUUGGUUAAAAUAGAUGAGAAUUUGGAGGUUUCUGAUGAUCAUAUGAUGUUAGAAGAAACAAUGAUGUGUGAUCAUGAAUGUAAGAAGAGUAAGAGAGAAAAAAAUACUUGUAGAAGAAAAGAUAAUGGUUAUAGGAAUGGGAGUAAGAAAAAGUAUGAAGAAUGUUAUACUUCUAAUUAUGGAAAGUGUAGUAGGAGUAAUUAUAGAAGGUCUAGAUUUAGUAAUAUUAAUUUAGAGGAGAAGAAUGUAAUACAAAAAAGAAAAUUAGUAAAGAAAGGGAAAUUUAUUGGAUCAAGGAAGGAAGUUCAAAGUGAUAAUCUACUACUAUCAUCAACUCCUGUUUCUGUUCUUCAUCUUCAAAAGGAAUUUAUUCCUUUUUCUAAAGGGAAAGGAAGAGACAUAACUAAAAAUUCAGCAAAGAGAAAAUCAUUACCAAAAAUGAAAAGUAAUGAAAAUCUACCACAACCAAUUAUGCCAAAAAUCAAACAAAAUUAUUUUGUGGAAAUGUUGGGACAAGUUUGUAAGUUGAGUGAAGAGAAAGCAUGUGAACCAAAGUGGGUUACAAAGUGUGAAUCAAUGAAGUUACAUUUUGUGGAAGAGUUGUCUAAGGAUUUGGGUCAAUAUGUGCUUAACUUCUUGUUAGAUGAACUUAUGUAUGAGAUUUUGAUAUCAUGUAAUUAAGGAACUUGUAUGGUAUCCUAAAACAAAUAAUGGAUUGUUAGUUAGUAAUUACUUUCUCUGUAUUUUUGAGUUUGCAUCUUAAUAUUAAAAAAUUCACAAUAUAUAAGAUUUAUAAUGCGAAUUUAAAAAGACAUAUGAAGUAGUAUAUAGUGAUAGUGACUAUUAUAGUUAGAGAACAUGUAGAAAGCAACAACUAUAUGAGAAUAUAGAACUCACGUUUUUAGCUCAUCCAUUUAGGUUUUGAGAUGAUUUGGUUUGUAAUUCGAGUCAUGUUUCAAUUAAAGUAAUUAUUACUUUUCUUUAUUCAGAUUUUAAAUUUGAUUCUUACAUAAAUUUUUCUUUUUUUUAGUGUAUCAUGUAAUAAAAAAAACUUUUA